AUGGCCUCGCCACAACCCACUUCUCUACGCGGAGCUACUCCCGUAAUAAUUCUCUUCACUCUCACGGUUCUCGGCAUUUUUGCAUUGCUCGCAUUUCCGAUUUCAAAUGGCCUAUUCAGUGCAAUGCUUCUCCAGGCAUCGCAGCGAAAGAUUGGGGCAGAGUCCUCCCCAUAUGACACCACAUUGACAGGCUGGAACUGGUUGGACGCGUUGCUGGAUGGCUUCACAGUGUUUUUCUACGAUCUGGUCGACGGAUCGAGGGCUGACAUGUCUUUACUCAUGAUUCCCUUCAGCGGCUCCGCAGUGGGAAUCUGGAUUCUGGGCAUGAUUGAGAGCCGUCGAAAGGGGAACAAGGACCGCAUACCUGCCUUCUUCACAACAAUGGCGUCAUUAGGACAAAUCCUGGGCCUGGGAAUCGUGAGCCCUCUGUUUUACGCCUUGUCGCUGAAUGAACGAAACUCGUCUUGGCGCGGGUCCGAUUAUGAUGUUGCACCAGAGGUAUUCUACACAACACCCAUCAGCAUCGUCAUCGGAAUGGCUUUGCCUUGGGCUCUUGCGGCUCUACCAGCCCCUUCUGUCCUGUCAAUCAACCAAAAGGUCAACAUGGUAAGGAUUUGGGAAAUUUUCCCAAUCACAACAUACCUGGUGCAAAGGGCGCUGGAUCCUCUAGCCAAGCGGUUUCUCGGAUCGACACGUCAAGCCGGCGGCCGGGGAAAUGGUGCCAUGCACCGGGUCUACGGCAUCGGUCUGUUGUGGAGCACAGCAUCGUACUGGUACUUCUUGAGCAUGGUAUUUUCGGCUUCCGUGCUUCCUUUCAUCUUCAAGCCCGAGAUAGCUGAAGCAUGGAGCCUUGGACACAUGUGUCAGCUAAGGAAUCCCUUGGCGCUCGGCUCUCCAUUGCCAUCCGUAUCACAAGGGCAACUCUGGUUUGUGCAGUGGGACUUUUGGCUAAUUAGCAUUGCCUGUUUUGUGUGGGCUUUGGCUGUAAGAUUGGAGCUAUUAGAAGACAGCGCACGCUAUUUCAAGGCGAAGAUCAUAGUCGGCGGGCUGAUGAGUGCCUUGAUCCUUGGCCCGGUCGGUGCAGCAGUGGUGUUGAUAUGGCGGAGAGACACACUUGUCCAUAAAACCAAUCAUCGUCGCAAAAUAGUGUAA